AUGGACUAAGAUUUGGUUAAUAACUAAUCCAAAUUCCUAAGAGAUAGCUUAAAAGAUGUGCUUCUGUAAACUGUUAGUCUAAAUGACGAUCUGUUUUAGAGAAAACUAAAGUAAGUCAUGGGCAAGCCUAGAUUUUCUUAAAGUUUGAGAUUUUAUAGAGAUAGAACUGAAAAUCCGGAAACACUUGCUCGAAAAAUUUACACUUUAGUACUCGAUCCAAAUAGUGAAUAUAAGAGAAUAAAAUACAUACAAAAUCUUAUUAAAAAUAAAAUGGCAAUGCGUCUUAAAGAACAAUUGAUAACCUUCAAAAAGUCCUACUAGAGAGUAAAGCCUUCAGAACUUGAGAGUGAAAUUAAAAAUAAGAUGAAGAUGCAAAAAUCUAAGUCAUCUGAAUAUCUUGGAAAGGUUUAAACCAAUAAGUAAUAGACUUAGAAAAGAUUAGAAAAACUAACAAAUUACAAUCAAACUGAUAUAUUUGAAGAUCAAUGCCCAGAUCCUGCAAUCUUUAUUAACAAAGAUUUCAAACAAGACUAAUUCACAAAAUACAAGCGAAAUAAUUAUGCCUUUGAUUUGAUUAAGCCUAACAUGAAUUUAUCCUAGUUCCAAAAUCAACCAUAAAAUAGCAUGAUGAGAUAGUAAAAAUAAAGGCAACCAGAUCUUAGUUAUCUAUUUAAUCUUGCAAAUUUAAAGAGGGAUACGAGUAAUGAUAACAAUGCAAAGAGAGAUAGUAGAAAGUCUAUAUUUCAAGGUGAAAUUCAAUGGUCAGAUUCAGAUCCAUAGGAGACUGCUGUUGAAGAUAACAAAACCUUUAUUACUGCUUAAUAAUUUGAAGAAGAGGUUUUAAACUAACAAGAUGAUCAGGAUGAAGGAGUGAAGAAAAAAGGAGAAUUUUAUAAACUCAUCAGAAAACUAAGAGAGAGAAACUAAUAACUUAAAGAAAUGAAGACGAUUCAGAUUUAAUAAAAUGACAGCUAAUCAUAAACAAAUACUCAGCCUAUAGAUGCAUCUGAAAUAAACCAAAGCUCAAAUUUGUCCUAGUUUACUCAAAGACAAGAAGAGCCAAGGAUUAAUAUUCAAAUAAUUCAGAGGAAUACAACUGAAAAUUCUAAAUCUAAAUAAUCUGAAGGAAGGUAGACUGAAGCAAAAAAAAGAAAUAAGGCUUGA